AUGGGUGUUCGCUCCCGCAUUCUCCUGACUGCAAUCUCGUACAUGUCCUCACGGGCGGAUUUCACCGAGUCGCCCGGGCUGGAAGGACACCAGAUUCCUGGCAUCUUGGCUGUGUUUUGCGUGGUGCCACCAGGAUUCUCGCGGGCCACAGGUGACACGCUGGCGCCCUGGGCGUGGCGGAGUUGCUUCGCGCGCCAGCCCGCAGCAGGACAGCGACGCGGAGGACUGGCUCGCCAAGAGCCGCGAGGAGGUGGAGGCUUUUGGCGAAGAGGAGGUUCUGAGCUGGCGGAAGCGGUGCUGAGAGCUGGCGGUCUCAAAGGCACCGUGGAGAACGCCAGAAGAGGCGUUGGCCGAGUGCUGAGCAUUCUCAGUGAAAACAAGGUUACAGGCCAAUCCUUGCUGCGGCUCACGCUGGACGAGCAGAUUGCAGCUGGAAUCCCGCUGGGCCCUGCAAAGCCUUCUGGCUGA